GGAGGAGGAGGGGGGUCUGCAGCAAUAACGGCUUAGCUACACUAUAUCCAUGUCAGUGGAACAAGCCAUGCUGAUGUCAGAGCUUUUCCCCUGCGCGGUGGGAGGAUCUCCGUGCGUUGAGUCACGCAGCUGUCAAAGAUAGCUGUCACCCAGCUUCAGGAUCAAACACGCACUCAAUGAGAAAAGGGGCUUUGAGCCGAAGGGACGCGCAGAGAUCUCAGAAAGGGGAAGAAGCGAGUUUUGAUGAAUAAGGAUUUUCGGAUAUUCGGAUACACGCUGGGGACAUCUGGAGAAAAGAGGAGACACACCGCGCUGACACAAAGAGCGUUUUCUUCUGCGCUUGACGAGGGAAAAGUGGGCAUCCGCGGGGGAAAAUGAAGACGAAAAAGGGUAUGAUGAUGGUGAUGCUGUCGGGGAGCGAGACGACGGACGACGAGGACAGCGUGGACGCCCCCCUGGACCUGUCGUCCGGCUCGGGGAGCAACGGCAAGAGGAAGCGGCGGGGGAACCUGCCCAAGGAGUCGGUCCAGAUCCUGAGGGACUGGCUGUACGAGCACCGCUACAACGCUUACCCGUCCGAGCAGGAGAAAGCCCUCUUGUCCAAGCAGACGCAGCUCUCCACGCUACAGGUGUGCAACUGGUUCAUCAACGCCCGGCGGCGACUUCUCCCGGAGAUGCUGCGAAAGGACGGCAAGGACCCCAACCAGUUCACCAUAUCCCGCAAGGGCAGCAAAGCGGGGGACAGCUUCUCCGACAGCUCCCAGUCCCCGAAGCCCGGCAGCCCCGCCGGCGGCGCCGAGGAGAGCUACGACCGGCGCGCCCUCCACCCGUCCAGCUUCGAGCCCGCUGUGCCGAGGAAGGCCGAGUCCCCCUCGCCGACCUCGCCCGCCUCCCUGGGGCCCGUGCCCACCCGCCCCUCCGUCAUCUGUCACACCACUGUCACUGCCGCGGCGAUGCAGGGGGCCCCGACAGCCUCCCGCCCCUGCGCGCCCGGAGUGAACUGCGACAGGGCCGCCGAGCGGUCGCAGGGGCAGCUGCAGGUGCAGGCGCUGCUCAGGUGCCAGGAGGAAGGGCGGGGCGGCAAGCCGCUCCACACCGCCACCGCCACAACCACCCUCGGCGGCGUGGAGGGCAACCUGAGCCCCCGCAGCGGGCUCUUCAACACCCCUCCCCCAACCCCUCCGGACCUCACGCAAGACUUCAGCGGCUUCCAGCUCCUGGUGGACGUGGCCCUCAAGCAGGCCGCAGAGAUGGAGCUGCGGGCCAAACAGCUGGUCUCCUAAGGAAGAAGUCGAAGAGGGAUCAGAGACUGACUUUGUGUCUCGGCGGCGGGACUCCUCGGGGGAGGGGAGAGGGGGGGGGUUCAGUGGCUCGUCUGAACAAAUCCACAGGAAAGCCUGAACAUUUCUAUUUUUGGUAUACCAAUCAAAUUGAUGAGGACAUUUUUUUUAUUGAAAACAAAGACUGUAUCGAGGUGCCUUGGCUGUAAGUUGUCUAUCCGUUUCACAUACAUGCGUAUGUAUCCACAUGUGUAUCUUAUUUGCACACAGGGACCAAAAAUGUUAUUUGAGAAAUGCUGCCUGUCUUGUGUCUUUCCGUCGUACCGCGUCUCGUUUCAGAGAGCUGGAGUCAGCUCCCCCUCACAGACCACGCACGUUUACUCUUUCGCAGAUCCACAGAUCAGCUCAUGAUUAGUCUGCCACGUUUGUUUUGCACACUAAAGGCAGAGGAAGGUCAUCUCAGUGUCUUAAACAUACUUUGCUCUCAGCAUCUAUGACAAACUUAUUCACUACUGUAGUAAAUGUUUUCAUGUAAGUGUUUUCAUGAGUAUGUAUAAGUGUAGUCUUGGUUUUGUAAUUUACUUUUAGCUAUUUUAAAAGGAAAAAACCCCUAUGCUUUUUUGUUUUUUUUACUUUUUGUUUUGUUUUUUUUCCCCACCAAGGGAUCUUUCAUAUGACCAAUGUAGCGGGUUCUUAGUCUGAGCCUUCGACCCAUCACUCAGCGGAAAAAACAACGACGGCCAGUGGACUGAAAAAUUAAACACUACAGAUGUCUUUUCUGCAUUUGCUGUUUUACAACCUGACUAAGACAGUCAUUUUGAAAUCACCAAAAAAGCAUUUUCAUGUAUAAUAGGACCAUGUGUAUAGUUAAUGUGACGCGAUGCCCAAUGAUGUGAUUUCUCUUCAUACUGUGCAAUGUUUGUGGCGAAUAGGGGUCACAUGGGAUUAAAAUAAAGUUUUGUUUUUCUACA